AUGGCCUCACAGGCCCCCGGAGACAUCCCUUUCGUUCGGGAUUUCGACAAAGGAAAAUCACGGUUCGCUGGAUACUGGAGUCUGUGGAGCAACUCCAAGGACCUUUUCCAAGACGCGUACGACAGUUUCACGAAGCAUGGUCAGCCGUGUUGGAUCCCCGGGUCCAGUUUCAGCAAGCACCUGGCAUUGCCUCAUACCUACCUACCCUGGCUGGCAGCCCAGCCCGAUAGCGUGUUCCACCACCGCGAGGCCUUCAAUGACCUGUUGAAGUCGAAAUGGUCCCUCGGGGGCAGCAAGUACAUUAUGGAACCGUGGUCAACGAGACUGUUUGUCGCCAAGCUCCGCGCGAACCUCGAUGCACUCAUCCAGGACUUCUGUUCCGAGCUCCCUUCCGCGGUCGCUGAACAGUUUGGAGAGAAGAGAACCGAAUGGACGGAAGUAACUGUGUAUGGAGCGAUGAAGACGAUCUUCAUCCGUGCCGCAGGGCGAUGGAUGGUGGGCCCAACUCUGUGCCAGAAUGGCGAAUUCAAUCGGCUGGCAGUGGCGUAUAUGGAGACGGUAUUUUAUGUGAGCGGCAUCCUGCAUUAUACUCCCCGCAUUCUGCACCCGUUGGUGGGACCAGUCGCGUCCCUCCGGCAGCAGUAUAUCAUAGCCCAGGCCAAGAAGUUGGUGCGACCAGUCUUUGAAGAUAGACUCCAGUACCUGUCUUUCUCAUCCGAGAAGGACGCGCCUAAAGACUUCCUUUAUGAGGCGAUGAAACAUGCGUACACCACAAGAAGGGAAGAUUUCAACCUGCACGACAUAACCAUAUACGGGCUCUACUUCUACUGGGCGUCUUGUCAUCAGAUCUCACUGACUGCGACAUUUACCAUGUUCGAAAUCCUCAAAUCGGAUGCCGAGUAUGCAACGAAAUCCAGACUUCAAGAGGAGACCGUGCGAGUCUUCGGGGCCGAUGGGCCGACCUGGAGCAGGGCAACUGCCGCGCAAUGCUCAUUGAUGGAUAGCACCUUACGGGAGUCGCUCCGCCUCAAUUCAUUUAUCAGCCGUCAUGUUUUCAAGAAGAUCAUGGUCGAUGGGGUCCAGGCUCCCGAUGGAACCGCCCUACCAAAGGGGGCAUUGACCUGCGUCAUAUCGCGGCCUCUCCACACGGACCAUGAGCUGAUGACCGAAGGAGGCCGGUUCAUCCCCUUUCGGUUCGCUGCUGCGCACGAGAUCCCCGAGGGAACCCCGACCGACGGCGCGGGGAAGAAGCUAACGGCCAUCACACCGGACUAUCUGCCGUUCGGGUACGGGAAACACGCCUGUCCCGGCCGCUUUCUGGCGGACGCUCAGCUGAAGAUGGUCUUGACCCACAUGCUUCGGUAUUACGAGAUCGAGCUAUCGCCAAAGAACCCCUGUCCCCGGCCUGUGAUUCAUCGCGAGGCAACGCUCCCCCCGCGACGUGCAAUGAUCCUGGUGAGGAGAAGGGCCAAGGCUUGAAGGAGAAGAUCGUUGUUUUCUUUCGGGCACUUCCUUCUUCGGGGGAUCAUUGAGGUUGGUUGGCAACGAUAGGGGGCAUCUAGAUAGAAGCGCUAAGCCAGACUGCGACCGACAUCAAUGGUUCGACGAGGAAAGACUUCCGUUCCGUAUAGAUUCCAUAUCAGUCCCCAUAAGCCAGUAAGACGGAAGACACCGGAGAUGCAUAGCCAGCGACUGAUCGGUGGCCCGGGA